UAAAAAAGAGAAAGAAUUAUGAGUGUCGAGGAAAUUAAGAGACAAGUCGAGUAUUAUUUGUCAGAUAAAAACUUAUCCCAAGAUGAAUUCUUCCACAAAUAGAUCAGUCAAAGCCAAGAUGGCUAUCUCUAACUUUAAUUUAUUCUUAAGUGCAAUAAGGUUAAGUAAAUGAAAGUUACACAAGAAUAACUUGUUGAAGCAAUCAAAACAUCAACUGAAGUUGAAUUAGGUCCAGAUCAAACAAGUGUUAGAAGAUCAAACAAUAAGCCUUUACCAGAAUUAAAUAUUACUCAAACCAAUAAAAAAGUAAAGACUAACAGCGGUGAGGCAGUGGCUGCACAAUAAUAAUAGGAAGAAAAACCUUAAGAAGAAGUCAUUGACAAUCCCUAUCAUAAUUUUGAACCACUAAUUUUUACAGUCAAAGCCCCAGCAGGUAUCGCAGUCAAUUGGACUCAAAUCACAGAGGCUCUAAUGAAAUAACAUAAUAUCAGUUCUCCAUAUGUCAGAUAUGGUAAGACUGAAGGCAACUUUGCUCUAUCUAAACCUAGAACACCAGAAGAAAACAUAGUUCGUUUAACUUCAGAGGGUAUCAAGAUAGGAGAGCACUAAUUGGAGAUUCAUGUAACAAAUGGAGAUGAUUUAACAUAAUUCUGGGCACAUCAUGGAAAGCAUUAUGAGACUAUUAUCAAAAGAGCCAAAGAAACAUUUGCUCAUGGUGGUGCUGGCAAGGGAGGCAAUAAGAAAUACGAAUAAAGAAAGUAAAAAAAGGAUAUUGUAUUCCAUAAUCAAAAAUAUAGAGAUAUUUCUUAAUUGAAGAACAUUUUCAAAACCAUCCUAGCUAGAUCUGAAAAUAAUACUCCAUUGAAAGAACCAUAUCAUUCAAUGCUUGUGUCCUUAUUGUAAUACCAUGAUAAGAAGGACUAAAAACUUAAUGGAUUGAAACACUUCACUGUUGGAUAGCAUCCAGAUCAUGCUGAAACCAGAUGUUUCUUUGCAGUCAAAGAAGACGGAUCAUCUGAGGAUUUCAGCAGUCUAAAGUGCAUCAAAAAUUUAGAAACAUCUCUAGGUUUAUGAGUAGCAUAAUAACAUAAUAUUAAUUAUAUCAAAAAUUUAA